AUGCUCUAAAAAAAUCUUUAUUUGGCUUUUUUUGAUUGACCUGUAAAAUAUGCAAGCAAUUUGAUGAAUCGUCUUUUUUUACUGGGUGUUCAGACCAAGAUAUGAUGGACUACACAUUACUGUUGGUGUUGGGUAUUUCCUAUGUGUGUGGAGAGGCCAGCCGACUGUCCGAGCUUACCAGCGCGGAUGAUUACAUGAAUAUUUGCAUGGAUGGCGUCAGUCAUAAGGGUUCACCUGGACCAGAGGAUAAACUCUUUGACAAGUGUACACCUUGGAAGGACCGGAGCUGCUGUACGUCAGAGAUAACAUCCAACAUCCACAUGAACACAUCUUGGUAUAACCUUGACUGGAGUCACUGUCCCCAGCAGUUGUCCCCGCAGUGUCGCGCAAGAUUCACGCAGGAUCUCUGUUUCUACGAGUGCUCACCAAAUGUUGGGCCUUGGCUUGUCAAGGUUGAUGGUAUGAAGAUUCGUAAUGAGCGAUUUGUUGACGUGCCGCUGUGUCAUUCGGAGUGUGAUGCAUGGUGGGAGGAUUGUCGUGACGACUUCACGUGUGUGGAGAAUUGGUCUCGUCACUUCAACUGGACUUCAGACGGAGCAAAAUGUCCUGCCAACACUGAGUGUGUGACUUUCGAGACAAUGUUCAAGAAUUCAACAAACUUCUGCGAGAAGGUCUGGGAUCACUCCUGGAAGGUUGUGAACGAUUCCAAUCCUGAGGGCUGCUUUGUCAUGUGGUGGCAAGAGGAUACGGCUAACCCUAACUAUGAUGUCGCAUAUCGGAAAGCCCAAGCGAUAGUUUCGGGGGCUCCAGAUGCCCUACCUAAGUGGUUUCAUAGUUUAUGCUUGUGCGUUGUUAAUGUGUUAGUUUUGUCGUUUACUAAAGCUGGUAGAUUCUGGUGAUUUUUUUUCUUCUGAUAAGGGUUUUCCUAUGUUGCCUGAAGAUUUGAGGUGUGAUACUUAAAUUUGAAUCUCUUAUUAUAAUGAUACUGAUUUUUACUUCCUUUGUACAUUUACAUUACUUAUUUUUCUCAAGUUUUAUCUGAUUGACCCAAUGAUGUCAGCUUUUUAUUGACAACAAAUAACCUUUGUAGGUUUCUCAAUAAGUUUAGGUUGAACUGUCUCAAAUAAUAAAGUGAUCGACCAGCUGCUACUUAUUCUACUUAGAAUUCACUUAUUUUUCCAAAUUUGAACUGGCCAAAUUGCUAAUUGAACUAUCUUUUUUGGCUGGCGGCUGGUUAUUGUUGUUCUGUACUUUUUGCGUUCAAGUUUGUUCUUGAAAUUUUGUAACAAUCUUGAUUAUUAUCUUAUUAAUAUACAUUGAAAUAUUUUUAUCAAUUUAAUAUCCUAAAUAUAACUCGGAAAAGGUUGGGCAAAAUUAUUCCAAUUCGUAUAAUCAUUUAUAUUUUUCAUUAAACUGGCAAUAAUGCACUUAAACAUUUUGUUGACAAUCAACUGUCUUAAAUGAUGGCCAAGAGUGUGGUUGUAUGCAUACUGUGGAUAUUUAAAUGCCAAAGAAAGAACACAGGUUUAAAGAUAGUGUAUAUCAGUCCAUCAUCUUACUAAUUGUAACCAUACAGUGUUUUAAACCAUUUAUUUAUCUUAAUCUGUAAUAAGACCGACUGUCUGUGGUUCAUGUUUAUGACUAGAUCAUAUUUUAUACGUAUAGAAAGUUUAGUGUUGAAACUUGGAUAUGAAAAAUAUUUUUGUAAGCUCUUUUCUUUGCAUGAUCUUCCAAGGUAUUUGGAAGAUGCAGAUUGGCUGACCAUACAGCCUUGAUUGCAAUAUGGACCAGUUUGAAAGCCAUACUGCACAGAUAAGGGCAUCUAAAUAGCCUAGUUUGGCAUAUAUUACAAUGAAUACCUUGUACAUAAAAUAUAUUUUCAAGCAUAAAUCUGGGUAGCAAGGUCUGCCAAUCUCGGCCCUAUGGUCUUGCAAUCUUGGCCCUAUGGUCUUGCAAUCUUGGCCCUAUGGUCUUGCAAUCUUGGCCCUAUGGUCUUGCAAUCUUGGCCGUAUGGUAUUGCCAUCUUGGCCCUAUGGUCUUGCAAUCUCAGCCCUAUGGUCUUGCAAUCUUGGCCCUAUGGUCUUGCAAUCUUGGCCUUAUGGUCUUGCAAUCCUAGCUGUAUGGUCUAGCAAUCUUGGCUGAAUGUUCUGCAAACCUAGGAUGUAAGAUCAUGGCCAGAUUGGCAAUGGGCAGUUUUGUCUUUGGAUUAAUAGAUAUGUAUAAGUGGUUACAUAUAUAACUUUAUGAAAGGUUUUGAUUGCGCUGUGUUCUAUUUUGUAAGCUUAUGUAACUGCUGAACCAAAAAAUAACAAUAUCUAAAAAGUUCAUGCUAGUAUAUGCUUAUUGGUUGAAAUGUUUGUAGUGUACAUGGUAUUUUUAUGUCCCCGAAUGUUUAUUAAAAUCGCACCGUCUGUUCAUCCAGCUGAAUUUCUCGUGUCCGGGCUGUAACCAUUUUGUGUGGACAGAUUUUAAAAUAACUGGCCUUGGUUCGACAUACCAAGAGGACUUGUCAUAUGCAAGCCCCGUGUCCCUACCUCUAUUAUAAAUGGUGCUGUUUAUUUUAGGUUGUAAGUUCAUAGCAAGGGCAUUAAGAUUUCUAGGGUAUUCUGCACUCUUUUGGCAUAAUUUGGGUGUAAAGAUUGACAAUCACUGUUUUAGUGUUAUCUUUUAAGUUGUUAUAAGCAGGGUUUUGAGUAAGAUGUUUUUGUCAUUUCCUGAAAAAACAAUAAUUAUGCCAUCCUUCCAAAAAGAGGGGGUUAAGUGCUUUACAUGUGUCUGUCGGUAGAUUGGUACACCAAAGCAUGACUGGGUCAUUUUUUAACAAUGCCUUGACUUUUGGUCUUUAAUUUUAAUCUGGAGAUUGGGUGUGACCAGUGGAUGAAUCCUAUUGAUUUUAAGGCCUUUGGUUCAAAGGACUAAAUGCAGAAAGCUUGUUCGGGUGUUAGCUCAACAAUGCCUUUACCUAUUGUCCUCAGACUUGUCUUGGAAGUUUGGCUUGACAAGAAGAUGACCAAUUCUGAUUUUGUGGUCAUCAGGUCAAAGGUGACAGUGACCUUGAAGGCAGAAAGCUUGUCGGAAUUGAUGACUUGUCAAUGCCUGGACCAAUGGUCCUAAAACUUGACUUGACUUUUGGGCAUGACCAGUAGAUGACACCUAUUCAUUUUAGGUCAAUGGGUCACAUAAGGUGGCUUUUCAGUCCAUGCAUAUUUUAUUCAAUUGUUCAAUUCCUGACAUCAUGACACUCUGGGGGCAUAAUGUUAGACAAAGAACCGUUGUUGUUUUUUCGAUUUAGAAAACCUGAAGACACAAUAUGGGCCAAGUACUUUUGCAUGGAAUAUUAUCUAAUUUUGUAGUUUAAUUUAGGGGAUAAUUACUUUCAAAUUAUUUUUUUUUCUGACAGAUGACCACUCAGCACUCAUAAUAUGAACUGUUUUGGUAGUAGCAGCCUUGUCUAUUAGAAGAUGGACAUCCAAAUCACCACUAUACAUUUGUUAUUGAUCUGAGAUUAGUUUAGAUGGUUAUGCCAGUUAUACUAAUAAAACAAAUUCCAUAUAGAUGGUUGUAAAUUUGUCAAUAUUUUGUGGCGAUCACGAGUCUCAUGAUGGUUUACUUUUAUUUUUAUUUAAAAAGUAGAUCAUUAUACCUAUACUUGUUUAUGUAGAUAUGUGUUAUAUGCAUUUGCUCAUUCCACAGUGUUCUUUAGUGAAUAUCAUGUACACUUUUUAGCUUGCCUAUUUUCAAGAAAAACAACAACAGGAUAUUGUCAUAGCCAUGGUGUCGGCGUCGGCAUAGUGCAAAAACUGUGAUCUGAACCAUAAAUAAAAACUGUUGAUGCCAUUCAAAUGGAACUUGGCACACAUAUAACCAGGGACAAUAAAACACAUGUUUAGAAAGAUCCAUAGUCUUGCUUUAAGAAGUUAUGCCCUAUUUCAACUGGGAAAAUAACUAAAACAAAUGAGGGUUGUUUUUGCGCUGCAGAACUCUUGUAUAGUCUAUGUUUUAGAAUUAGAUGUUGAAUUUAUGUUGGUUAUAUUUCUGUUGUAUUUCAAAUCAACCUUUGUUUUACAGUUUAUCAUAAUGUCAAAUUCUGAUGCCUGAUGACCCUAUAAAUUUUGUUAUCAAUUAACAGGUGUACAGUAAUUGUUUGCUGAUUACUGUGCAAUCAUUAAUGUUCAUGGGGCAUUUAUGUUCGUGGUUUUCGUGGGUUGGGUGAUCCACGAAUUCAAGAUCCCACGAAAUAUUGACCCUUUAUUCCCUUUUUCAAUUGCCAUGUUAUGUACAUACUCUAGUUUAUUCAUUACGGAUGCCGCAGUAAACAUCGUAAAUAUCCGUCUAACUGUAUAUCUUACGUACUAUCAUUGUUUUGUUAAUAUAUUUUAACAGCCUUUAACAAAUAAUAAACCAAAUCAUUUUAAUGUGUUUUUAUGAAACACAUGACAGAAGCAUGUGCCUUAACAUGUGCUGUUCAUUAAAAUCUCCAGGUUUACAAAAUGUGAGUGAUGAGUGUCAGUUCUCGAUUUUAUUUUUUUAAUGAAAUAAUUAAUCGAUUACAUUAGAGGUUACGGAGCAUCCAAUGUGACAAUGUACAAAACAAAGCGUUCAAUAUACUUAUUAAACAAAAACAUGUUAAUAAAUAUUGAAAUGAGAUGGUAUUCAAAAGUAAAUGAAUUUGUAAACAUCAGCUAUCUUUAGGGAUUGUUUACUCAAAUAUACGGACCUUCUCGGAGUUUUUACAGUUUGCAAAAUUCUUAAUUGGCAUUCAAUGGCUUCGUCUAUCUGUAUUAAGGAUCUGGGUACAUCUUCUUUUAUGACCUUAAUUUCCAAUUAAAUCGAUAAAUGACAUGGAUAUACUAGUAUGCACUAAUUGGCAUGUCGUACCACUUUAGCGAGUGUCAUAAACCGAGUGACAUAGACAGCGGAAAUCACGGGCCAGCGCGUGGAAUGCAGUCGAUCUAGGACGAUCGCAAUUUCGAUUAUUUUUUUCAAAAACGAAAAACCACGAAUUCAAGUACCCAUGAAAUUUUUUUUUUUCGGCAAACCACGAAAUUUCAUGCCAACGAAUAUAAAUGAUUUCACAGUACUAAUAUUAAUGGCCAUAAACACAUAUUUGCACAUUGUUUCAUCUGAAAUCAAUGAAAUGACUUGUUUAGCAAUCUUUUAAGGCCAAUGAAAUUAUCUCUGGUAUAACUUUAUUUUUUACUUUCUUGCCCAUUCCCUUUAAGGUGUUACAAAAAUAAAACAGGGUCACAAGGCAUCCAUAACUCACAUAAUUCACAUACAUGAACAUUAAUAAAUUUUAUGUUGAGCUGGGGUCAGUUGACCAUACAAAUUGGUUUUAUAUCUUUUGUAGAACAUCUAUUUAACAUUUGACUGCCAAGAUGAAAGCUAUAGCAAACCACAAGUCAACACCAAUACGUCUCUUAAUACAUCUGUGUCGAAUGGAGCCUAUUUAUCCAUCCAUGCAUUACUAAAAUUGUAAUUAUUUUAUUGAUUUACUGGCAAUGUUUAAUCCUUUUGCUAAUCUGUAGCAUUACAUAGAAGGAAAGAGUUAACAAAAAUGUUCAAAUUUCUAUAUACCUUCAAAGGAAAAGCAGGUCUUUAACUUAAGGCAGAAAUUUAAUGUGUUUUUAUGAUGAGAAACAACAGUUGAAAAUUGCUUGAUCAGGUGAACAUUUUCACAUUCAAUUGAUGCCAGCUCUACUGGCUCUCCAGGCUUUUUGUGCCAUGGCAAUGGGCCUCACAUUAUUAUAUGAUAUAUCAUUGUGCCUUGUAUUGAAGUUUAUUAGUAUGUACAUGUUCAUGCGCAUUUUCAUUCCUCUAUCUUUUUACUCUCAAGUUAUAUAAUGAGGGCAUUAAUUAGAGGGUACAGAUGUAGCCACUUUUCUAUGAAGGAAAGAGGCAGUAUGUGUAUAGUCUUUUUUGUGGGUUAUUUAUUGUACCCAUAAGUUUGUAUUGUUUAGAAGAUCUUAGUUUAUUAUAUAUAAAACACGGUACUUCCUUGCCAGGUAUAACUGAUUUUGGUUAAAGUGUAAAUAUUACUCAGAAUAAAUGAGGUGUUUUAUUGAUUACAUGAAGCAGUGUGCUGUAUUUACUGUGUUUGCUAUCACUUUUAUAUCACCUACUAUAACUGAACAACCAGUUCAAUUGUAUUUUAAUCUAUACCUGUCAUACAUAUAUUACUACAGAGUAGCGAUGCUGUAAUGGUUGUUAUUAGUUAUAUUCAGGAAGUAUUUAUUAGAAAAAUCUGAAACAUUUGUCCAUAUAUUGUAGUUUUAUAAGCUUGCCUGUUGUUGUUUUUUAAACAUGUUGAGGUAUUGUGAUGUCCUUUGUGCUUUUGAUCUUGGCCAUUCCAUUCAUGUUUCCAGACACAAUAGGCACCUGUAUAGAGAGGCCCAAACUCUGGUUUUAGUAAUUGUCAAGUUAUCUCCUUGAUCAACUAGGGUGAAAUACAGAUGAAUGUUUGCAUUUACUCUGUGGUGCUCAUAUUGAGAAGUUAAUCAACUUUUAAAUCUUUUGAGAACAUUUUUUCGGCCUGUUUUCGCUCUUUGUUACAUGUAUGUUUUGCUUGUACUGAAAUUGUUAUGGACGCUAUUUUUGCCAGUAUUAAAGCUAUUAAUAUGAA